AUGGCGGAAGCUAUUACCACUGAAAGUGCGAAUCAAGCAACUAGUAAAACGAAACCACCAGAGGUAGAUGUUAAAGUACUAAAGUUUGAAAAUCUCCCGGAGUGCUCAGAGCGUUGGGAAAGCAUCAUAGAAAACUUUCUACCGGUCCAUUUUAUUUUGCUGACGGUAAAGGACUGCGAAUUCCUAAGCUGUCUUUCCUUUCUUAAAGAUGGUUUUGUCAGGAGUUAUCACAAAAAGCUUAGCUAUGUAUACUUCGGAAAUAUUCGUGACAACGAGGAAGUGAGGGUCGCAGUGAUGAGGUGUAAUAUGGGUUCUAGCACUCCCGGUGGUUCCCUGACUGUUGUCCUGAAAGCAGUCGAUAUCUUGAAGCCCAAAGCUGUGUUUAAUGUGGGUUUCUGUGCCAGUUUGAACGAGGAGAAAGCGAAGCUAGGUGAUGUGGUAGUUUGUUCAAAGAUAAUUACCUACGCCUUCAUAAAACAGAAAGGAACUGAGAUCGAGGAUCGAAAUGUUAAAGUCCCUUUAAAUAGUCGUCUGGCAAAACUUGCCAAUUACAUUGGAGGUGGAUGGAAACCACCCGUUCAGAACUCAACCGGUCUGAAAGUGAAAUCACGCAGAGGUGGCGUGUUUCUAAGUGGGCCUGAGGUGAUUGACGACAAAGACAGAUGUGCUGCACUGAUCAAACGAUUUCCAGAAGCAACAGCAAUUGAGAUGGAAGGGGAAGGUAAUUCAUGGAAAGUAAAAAUACGCAUUUAGUAUUAUUUAUAUCUGUGCAGGGUCCUGUUUGGCUCUCUGUCUUUUUUUCAGUAUUUCUGCCUGUAAUGUCUGUUGUCUGUUACACACGCUAGGAUGAAUUUGGCUGCAGAAUUAAGUUAAGGUUUACCAUCAUUCCAUUUUUACUUUGUUAGGAAGUAUUUCUGACUGCCUCGCCCUCAAAUAUCAAUAAAAACUGGCAAGUUACAUUAAAAUUAGCCCAACUUAAAUUCAUAACCAUAACAAUUGAUUCCCACUGAGCUUGGCACCCAGGAACGAAACAUGUCUAAGUGAUGGAAUCUCAGCUGCAGUUAAACAGCAGUUGCAGAAGGAGUAAAAUCCACAUUAAAAAUAUCAAAAACAAACGCAAGAACAACGAAGAUUAAACUCUUAUGUCUUUUUUUUGUUAUUUGUUAAAUAUUUUAUCUAGUUUUCGCUCUCUUCAUUUCUUCCUUGCUCGCUCCCCAUCACCUUGUAUGACAACUGACUUUCUCUAUGUUUGUGUUUAUUGGUGUCUAUGUGUGUCACUAUUUGACGUAGUUGCGUCUCUCUCUUUGACAUGGUUGUGUCUAUUGGUCUGUGUCUCUGUUUCCAUCUGUUCUUCCGUGAGUCUUACUGUUAACUGUCUGCCAGUGUCUCUCUGUCCAACUGAUUUAAAAUCAAGUGCAGUUUCUUUAAUCGUAUGACAACCGCAAGGAUCAUCUUUGCUAAUAAUUUCUGAUUUACGUAUCCAUUUACCUAUUUAAAAAUGCAAAUUGAAAACCCGGCGUUUAUCCAGUGUUUCUUCAAGACCAAAUGCUUUUUUUAGGUCUUUACUCAGCUGCCCAUGAUCUCAACAUUGAAUGGAUUGUCAUUAAGGGCGUGUCAGACUUCGCCGAUGGAAACAGAUCUGAAACUAAUCAUUGGAGACUAUUUGCCAGUGUUAUGGCAGCUUCUCUAGUUUCACAUACGAUAAAAGAUUCUAGUGUUUUUGAGUCCUGGCCUCACUUCGAAGGUAAGUGUGCAGUUGGUUCAAAAGUAGAUACUUUUAUCGAAGGAAUUCUGUGUUUAAAAAAAAAAUCCACACGCAAUUUAUCAUCAGCAUGACUCGGAUUUGCUGUAUAAAAACGCUGUUAAACGAUGAGACCUUUCUAGCGUUAUAAGUCUCCUUACCUUUAUUCUAAAUCUGUAGCCGCCUUUUCGCUUCUGGCCGUUUUAACACUAUUUUGUCGAAUUUCUUUGUACUGCAUGUAGUGCAUAUUUAAUGGCUCUAUCAUCAUUUUAUAUACUUUUUAUUAUUUUUUUAUUAUUUUUCUCUUUUUACGGCAUACGCUUAAGUUUCAUUUAAUUCAUUAGGUACUCCUGUUAAUCACCUUUAAACCCAAAAUCACACACAUAGCACGCUUGGGCUACCUGUGCAGGAGCCAACCUAUUGGUACAAAGACAGUUUUGGUCAGUUUUUUUUGCAUAAACGAUGUCGUUUAAUUAACUCUUCUCCGACAAUAACACAUACUUUGGUGUUCUUUUGAUCUAUUCUGGUUAAGGGGAUAACUGAAAGUGGUCUUUUUGAGCCUUUUAAUUAUCCUGUAAAAUACGAAAUGCAACAUGUUUCACUGUGGGUACGAUUUAUUGUCAUUUUAUACAGACAAUUCGGAUGCUGAAGAUGGUUCUCCUCGAAAGAGACCACAGUCGUCUUCUCCUCCUUCUGGUUCAGACCCUAAAAGAAACAAAGCGACAGCAGGUAAUAAUGUUUAAUUUUUAAGAACAAUGUCGUAAGAAACUGCCUGCUUAAGAGAUUUGUUUAUUCCGUAGAUGAAAAUUCUAAGGAGAAUUAAAGGAAAAAUCCUAGUUGCAUAAAUUUAAGACGUAGUUCAUGACAUCUUUGUUCAAGAUGGGUGCUGGUCAUAUGUGAAUGAGGUGGUCAGAGUACGAUAAUGAAUUUUUGCAAUCCGAGCGUUUUUUUUUUUUUUUUCAAGGAAAGUCGUUUCACCCCUCUUUCAAAUCCCUUCAAAUGCUGACAGUCCUCGAGGCCAACGUUUCAUUAUCAAACGAUACUAAAAAUGUGAAUCACCUUUCGCCACAUUCUCGUCCACCAUUUGCCAGAGCCUUGAAGCACCCCCUUUUUAGAGAAUAGAACAGAGCGACGUUAAACAAUUUGCCCCUCCUUUGUCAGUCUUUUAAUGCAAAUUCUCCCUUUCUUUUAUAGCUUAGCUAUUCUUCUUUUAACGGAAAUUUUCAUUUUUAUGACUAAUUGAUAAUAAGAAUUCGUGUCGUCCAAUUACGUGUUUAAUCAUACUCGUGAUAAACAAAUCAGUGUCCCGCUGCGCGGUCGUCCGAUUUUGUUAAUCACUCGUAUGAUUACAGACCGAAUUGGACUCCACUCAGUGCUAUUACCAUAACUUAUCCUCAGCUCCAGUCAAGGCUGGUGGACCAUCAGAUGACGAGUUAGAAGAACUGUCUCUGGAACUGGGAGAAAAAUGGGAGGAAUUAGGAGGACGCCUGGGAUUCCACCAAGCCGCAAUAAGUAAUUUUAAUGAAGACAAUAAAAGGCAGGCAAGGAAGGCUUUUAAAAUGUUAAUGGCUUGGAAACAAAAGGAAGGCUCAAAUGCCACUUUUGAAGUUUUGUACGAUGCCUUGUGCGACAAAAAGGUGCAAUACACACUUCUUGCAAAACAGUUUUGUUGCGAAUGA